AGACGGGAACUGGCACAGCCGCGGACUGCCCCUGCUGCCGCCGGGGGCGGAGCCGGGCCGCGAAGCGAAAGCGAAAGGCGGGAGGAGGCGGGGUCCCGGCAGCGGCGGGGUCCCGGGAAGACGGGUGGGGCGGUCCCGGUCGGGUGGUAAGGUUUCCCCGUUGCCGUUGCGAGGCCGGGUCUCCGGCGGGGUCGCCCGGGCUGCCGCGGCCAGCGCCGCGAAGAUGGACUCGUCGGAGAGUUCCUUCACCCGGCUGUCGCUGCCCGGGAGCCCGGAGGAGGGAAGCCCAGAGGACGGCAGCCCGGAAGAGACCCCCGAGCACGUUCGACAGGAGAUCAAGCGCUAUGAGGCGUUUUGUAAUGCUCUGAAUCAAGACCUCAUGAAGCUACAAAUGGCCAAGGAAGCUGUAGAGCAAAGGACACGAGAGCUGAGGAAAGAAGGAGAACUUCUUAAGCAAGAAACACUUUCAAACAUAGGUGAAGAGGUGGCUGUUGUUCUUGCAGAGCAGAACAGUCUGAAGCAUGAGAGGCAGAUACUGAAAAAGAAACUGGAAGAAGUGAAGAAGAGGGUCCUCUGGGAGGAUCCAGCAAGGGUGCUGCCAGCCUUGCCAGAGAAGAACAUGGUGUUUAAGGGACUCAUGGCAAGCAAGGAGGACAUGAACAAGCUGAUGCUGAUCCCAAGGAUCCACUACCCUCUGCUGGGGGGCUCAGCCCUUAUCACCUUUGAGAAGGCAGAGGUAGCCCAGAGGAUCCUGGAGAUGAAGGAGCAUGUGGUGGAGCUAAGCUGCGGGGAGGAGCUGGAUCGCUGCAGAGUGCGAGUGCAGGCAGCGCCCGUGGAUUUACUGCUGCCCUCUGCCCUGGAGAUGGGGCUGACUCAGAGCAGCAGGAGUAUCCUCGUGUCUGACCUACCCAUCCUGAGCAUCCCUGAGGAGGCACUGCUGGACAAAUUGGAGCUCUUCUUCAGCAAGACGAAGAAUGGGGGUGGUGAGGUGGAGAGCAGGGAGUUCCUGGAUGAUUCUGGCCAGGUCAUGCUGACCUUUGCAGAGGAUGGAGUCGCGGAGCAGCUAAUUGAGAGAGGACACAUCCAGUUUUUUAUUGGGAAAGAAAAAUACGAGGUCAAAAUAUCACCGUGCAUAAGUGGAAAUAUCACUAACCUGCAGCUCACUCCUGGCUCUGCCCAGCUCCAGCCCUCCUGCUGCCCCAGGACCGUCCUGCUCACGGGGAUCCCGGAUGUACUGGAUGAGGAGUCCAUGAGGGAUGCUCUGGAGAUCCACUUCCAGAAGGGCAGCCGUGGUGGGGGAGAGGUGGAUGCCCUCGACUACGUCCCGCUGGGACAAGUGGGGGUGGCUGUUUUCACGGAGGACGCCGACUAGCCCUGGCCAAGUUCGGGGGCAGCGGCGCUUCGCCUGGCCCCUGGCACAACAGAAUUAAAGCAUCUGCAGAGAA